AGGAAACACGGGAAAAAAAACAGUGGACAUGUUGGUAGUCAGUUAGCCUGCUAGAUAGCCAUUACAGGCUGUUUAAUAUGAUGGCAAAAUGUUCGGUAAUAAGUAUUAGUUUGUCUGUUGAUGAAGGAGUAUGUGGAGGAGAUGUGGCUAAAUAAUGGGAAACGUUUUUGGGAGAAAGAGUCGACCUUCGCGUGUAACGGAACAAGACAAAGCCAUCUUGCAAUUGAAGCAGCAGAGAGAUAAGCUGAAGCAGUACCAAAAGAGAAUCACCCUACAACUGGAGAAAGAGCGACUUCUGGCCAAGCAGUUGCUAAAAGAUGGCAGGAAAGAAAAAGCGCUGCUUCUUCUUAAGAAAAAACGAUAUCAGGAUCAGCUACUAGACAAGACUGAAAAUCAGAUUUCAAACCUAGAGCGCAUGGUUCAAGAUAUUGAGUUCAUGCAAAUUGAGAUGAAAGUCAUUGAGGGACUCAAGGUUGGCAAUGAUUGUCUGGAGAGUAUGCACAAGAUCAUGUCAAUUGAAGAAGUGGAGAGGAUCCUGGAUGAGACCCAGGAAGCAAUUGAAUAUCAAAGGCAAAUAGAUGAAUUGCUGUCUGGAGCCCUGACGCAGGAGGACGAGGACGCUGUUUUAGCAGAGCUGGAAGCUAUCACUCAGGGAGAAGAUGUAGCACUUCCAGAGGUCCCCACUGAGCCAAUACCAGAGGUCCCAGAGACGGCUAAAGCUGAACCGGAGAGGAGAGAAGCAAAGAACAAGCCAGACAGAGAGAUGCUGGCAGCCUAGCAGAGUAAAUUUGUGUUUGGGGGUAGGCUGUCUUUGUACCGACUGUCUAUGUUAUUUUCAGUUUUUCAUGCUUAAUUGCUGGUUGGUAAAGAUGGGACCUUCAGACAUCAGUGUACUUUCACACAUUUUACAGGAUCAGCACUAUGUCUGCACUCUGGUUCACUGCUCCAUGGAAGUACCUACAUAAAGGAAGUAAAACGUUCUGUUUCUCUGUGUCUGACUUGGAUUAGCAAAGCAAAGUCACGUAACUAUUCUGGUUAUGGUGUAACAGAAUGAAAUGAGCUUUUUUUUUAGAUGUUUUACACAUUAAUUUCAGUUGUUUUCCAUAUUAAAUUGAGCUGUGGCAACAA